UUGCCGUGGGUUAAUUUUGUUUUGCCGUGAGUUAAUCUUGUUUUGCCGUGAGUUGAUUUUGUUUUGCCGUGAGUUAAUUUUGUAGUGCCGUGAAUUUUUGUUUCGCCGUGACAGUUGUGGGCCACCGUAAAAGUCAACACCCCUAACCUUACGUCAACGUUCGCAAUGGAUGCAGGAACUUUAACAUUACGAACAGCUGAGGCUGGCGACUUCAACGAAAUAGUGAAACUUUCAGAGGGAAUUUACACAGGACAUGAUUAUCUGCCGUUGAUAUUCCACCAGUGGCUUCAGAGGGACAACAUAGUUGUCAUACUUGCCCAUUGUGGCGCGAGACUCGUCGGAUUAGAGGCAUACUUCGUAGUUGAUGAUGGCCGCACUUUGAUUCAUCGAGCGGUACGCGUCCAUCCAGAUUAUCGAGGUCAAGGUAUUUUUAAACAGAUCUAUGAGCACUCCAUUAAACACGCAAAAGAGCAUUAUCCUAAUCUGCAAAGAGAGCGGUUUACUUCCAUUCUUGAUCUUGAAAUUCCCGAUCCAAGGAAACUUCUCGAGUUGCAUGUAGAAGCAUAUCACGUUGGGAAGGAAUUCUGUGACAAACCAGAAGCAACAGCCUUGAAAAAUCCGAUGGAGAUCAAGACGUGUGCACCUGAUUAUUUCGCCAAUAUUAUUGAAUCUUUGCCAGCAAGGUUGUUCACAAGCAACUCUAUUUUCCUCAGUAACUCGUGCCCUUUCGACCGACUUCGAUCCAACGUCGAUCAUAUUUUACGAGAAAGUACUGAACUCUACGUGGAGAAAUGUGAUCAUGAUGUUAUUCCUAAUUCGCUUGGUGUUGGCACGCUUUCCCCGAGGGUGAAAUACAUGCAAUGGGUCGCUCAGGUUUAUACCGAUUCUCUAGAUCUUUUUCAAGCUCAAAUCGUUCAUCAAUUCAAGCGUGCUUGUGAAUUAAUUAAAGACGAUUUUGUUUUCAUCACGAUGGCAGACGAGAGGUUAAGUUCGCUCGUAAGGAUCAUCAUGAAGGACCAACUAAAGUUCAAAACGGUGGACCGCUAUCACAACAAGACGCUGAAAGUCUUUGAGAAGGACUUGAACGUAAAAUCCCAUCUUUAACCCUCUACACCCUAACAUGAUCAGUAUACAUAGUCUCCAUACUGUUCUCAAUACAUUUCCUAAGGUGCUGACAAGGAGAAUUUGUUUAACAAUCUAGAGCUUCUAUCAUCGAUGAUCAUUUCCUUUUUUCUUGUGACCUUUAUAUGUGACUUUGGGGGUGAUAUUGUAAGGAGAAAUUAGAUGUUAGUCACUCUCGGGGGUUUAAGGGUUAAAAUACCCCACUCACCCGAUCCUGCUUAACUAAUUAACUCCCAUGAAUGUCUCCUUACAAUAUCAAUACAUUAUCAACCAGAUAAGGGAUGAGAAUAAGGAACAAUAUCAAUUUGGGGUUAAUUAGUUUGGCCAAUACUAAAUUCUCUAAGCUUACAUUAUAAGAAUUUUAUGGUUUACAGUGAGGAGAAUUACAAAUUUGAACUGGGAGUUAAAGGGUUAACAAACCUGCUUUGCUAACUCGUCGCCAGUGUUCACUCCUCUUUCGCACCAUUGCGUGAGCCAGGCGGCGUGCCGAUUGCGUUACAUUGUGGUAGCGUUAUUUCAAUAUGGCCGGAA